ACGUAACGCCGCUGCCAUUUUUAGAACACCUCUCGAUACAGUGACAGCCGCAAGAAAUUCCUGCCAUGGCGCCGGCAACGUCGCGCCGCAUUUGCAACGACUGACAUCGCGUUAGCCGCUCAGACAGUCGACGAUCGACGUCACGCCGCAGAGCAGAGCAGGUAACGGCCCAAACAGCAGCGCAGCAGCAGCAGGAGCAGCACAGCCACCCACUAUUAUUAUUCGAUUCGCGCGAUUUGACUUUUACUUCGCAAAAGGCUGUGUGCGAGACAAUCGCGCGUGUUAUUGUGUGGGACACGGCAGCAAAAAAUCGGUUAAAGUGAGUGAGUGAGACGUCUCCUCCGCCAUAUUGACGUUUUUUUUAGUUCCGGGUACAAGAAUCGGUACCUGAUUCGUUUCCGGUGGUGGUCGGUUCCUUUUUUCAAUCGUUUAUGUUGUCUGUUGACGUCCCGACGUCUCCGUAUCGCUGCGUCGCCGAAAUAGCUGCGCUUGUCUUGGAGUGCGUUCCUAGAAACGCAUUGCAUAAUCAAUGACAGAAAGUGUGGCUUGGGUGAGCAAACGAAGCAGCGUCGGCGGCGAUGGGCAGCAGCGGGGGCACCGAGGGCGGCAGUUGUGGGGGCGGCAGCAGGGCGGGGGGCGGCGAACAGUACUGCUUGCGCUGGAACAACCAUCAGAGUAACCUGCUGGGCGUGUUCAGCCAGUUGCUGCGCGACGAGAGUCUGGUGGACGUGACGCUGGCCUGCUCGGAGGGCCUCUCUAUCAGAGCCCACAAGGUCGUCCUGUCUGCCUGCUCUUCCUACUUCCAGGCAUUGUUCCUGGACCAUCCGAGUCGUCAUCCCAUCGUGAUCCUGAAGGACGUUCGAUUCGCCGAACUGCGCACGCUCAUAGAGUUCAUGUACAAAGGAGAAGUCAACGUGGAGUACUGCCAACUCUCCGCUCUACUCAAGACCGCGGAAAGUCUCAAAGUCAAAGGUCUCGCCGAAAUGACAAGAGAAUACAAACCAUCGCCCGAACAACUGGAGCCGAAAGAACUAGUAACCCGAAGAUCUCACAACCAAUCGCGUCCCAUCACCCCCGAAGACCUCCCCGAGAAACCCCAACACUCCCCCACUGCCCCCCUCCAAAACUGGAGGCUGUGCAAAUCGCCCGCCGACAAAGACACCAGAGACAAGGACGAAGAGAGAGAGCGAGACAAGGAGAAGGAGGACAAACAGAUGCCACCUGUUGCGCUGGAUGGUGCCAGCGAAUGCGCAGGCGUGCUCAACAGCAACCAUUUGGCAGCGGCGUGCUCUGCGUUAGGCCAGCCUGCUAUCUACAGCAGGCUGGCCUCGCCAUUGGAUUGCCCCUCUUUGCCAGGACCUUCCAAUUUACCCCCUGUUCAACAAGUGCCUCUGAGUCUUAAAAAAGAAGCAGAUUGGGGUGGAGGAGAAGGCAGUGGCGAAGACAUAAAACCACUUAGAGAGAGCCCAACUGAUUAUUCCAGGAACCUACAAGAACCGUCCGGCGGCAUGGAGGUGGACCACCCUCAUCACAACCCCCACCCCCGCCCUCCCAGCUGUGUCGGAUCCCCCACUCCCGACCGUCCUUCGAGCACUCAGAGCAGCCGAUGCAGCACGCCCUUCGCAAUGCCACCCUUCUCUGCAUUGCCUGCCGCCCUUUUAGAGGUGGGACUCAUCCACCCCUCGCUACUAGCAGACGACGUCUUCAGGUGUUCGUCUUGCAUGGCCGCCUUUCCGUCUCUGUGGUUGCUGGAGCAACACGCUGCCCUGCAGCACGUGGGGGGAAGUGGGGCGAUCGCCGUGUCCUCGCUCGAUAAGCCUUUCGUGUGCGAGCAGUGCGGACAAAGCUACAGAUACCGAUCAGCGUACGUGAAACACCGUGAACAGAACCACAGAGCCCGUCUGCCGGCAGACAAACUCUUCUCAUGUGACGUAUGCGGCAUGCAAUUCCGUUACUUGAAAUCCUUCAAGAAGCACCGACUCAACCACACGUUGGAGAAGCUGCACGAGAAAAAUGGAGACGGUUCGGCAGAGGGGCUGGGAAGAAGAGAGAUAGAUAGAGAGAGGGAUAGGGAGUGCGACAGAGACAGCAGCGAUCAGGUGUCCAGCUCCAAUGAGACGAUCAACGUGGAGGAAGAGAACCACCAUGAAGUGGUGCCUAAAAAAGAGGAUAUGGCAGAUGAAAUGGCAGCCGAAGGCACAUCUUCUGACGCCGAAAAAACCGAAGAAGCCGAUCAAGACGACACCAUCGACUCUCUGGCCUUCCCCUUCCCCUCCAACUCCUCCAACUGUCCCCAAAACCUCACCAACUCCGUCGCAGGCGAGGCCUCCUCGGUCCUCAACCUCCUGAGAGGCGACUCCUCAGCCGACCGCCAGAGGGAGCGCAGGUUCGCUUGCCCUUUUUGCGGGAAAUGCGUAAGGUCCAAGGAAAACCUGAAGUUGCACGUGAGGAAACAUACGGGAGAAAGGCCCUUUGUGUGUUUGUUUUGCGGCAGGGCUUUCGGGGGUAAAAGCGAUUUGACUAGACACUUGAGGAUUCAUACGGGGGAAAGACCCUAUCAUUGCGAUAUGUGUGGGAAAUGUUUUGCUAGGGCGGAUUAUCUGUCUAAACAUCUCACUACUCACAUCAAUACGCCUCGCUAGGCCAUUAAGAUUUGAGUUUUCUAUGUUCCUGUCGAUAAAUACGUGUGUUUUCCAAAGCUCAAAGUUACUUCGCAACAACACAUUCACGAAUAACCACCUUAUGUAUCGUUUGAUUCGAUAAAGUUUUUUUUUAUUGACUUGGCCGUUACUUGUUGGAAAUCCAUGGCAAAUAUAAAAACUUCACAAAAGAUAAGAUUUCCACAAAAUUCCUAAACACACAAUUCGAUGAACCUUCAUUUUCGGAAAUUAGGCACAAUAUCUACAAUAAAAUACGGUGUACUAGAUUAAUUUGAUAGGUUUGAUAGCAAAUAAAUAUCAUUAUCUACUAAGAAAACAAAUUCAAAUGAUUCAAAAUGAUUUAGUUUCAUUCAUUUAUUUUCUACGUGUAGAAUUUAGAAAUUAUCAUCAAAACUAUGGUUUCCUUCUAAUAUACAGGGUGUUUCAUAAUUGAAUGCUGAUCCUGUUGAAUUAGUUUUCCAGUUGAAAAAAUAGUGCUGUUCGGUAGCAAUAACACUAGGGAAAAUCACAAAUGAAUGAUAUCUGUAAUAACAUAUAAUAACAUUCGCUUGCCCUUUUUUCGGUAAAUGCUUGAGGUCUAAGGAAAGAAAAAAACAAAAUGGCGGUUCCAAAAUGGCAGACGAGUUUUGUAAUCAUGAUCCGAUUCUAUUCAAAAUUGGUAUCUGGGGUUUACGGGGUCGGAGAUUAUGAUUCUUUCGUUGAAAUUGGUAUAUUCAAGAUGGCGGAUCCAAUAUAGUGGAAAAGUUUUGUAAUUGUGAUACGAAUCAAUUCAAUUUCGUCAAAAUUUUGGAUGAUGGCGGAUCCAAUAUGGUGAGAGAGUUUUGUAAUUAUGAUCCGAUUCUAUUCAAAAUUGGUAUCUGGGGGUGUUUGAGGUCGGAGAUAAUGAUUUCUUUGUCAAAUUCAGUAAAUUCAAGAUGAUGGAUCCAAUAUGGCGGACGAGUUCUGUGAUUAUAUGAUCCGAUUCCAUUCAACAUUUGUAUCUGGAGGUUUUUGGGGUUGUAGAUUAUAAUUCUUUUGUCGAAAUCCGAAAAUUCAAGAUGGCGGAUCCAAUAUAUGGUGGACGAGUUUUGUAAUUAUAUGAUCCGAUUCUAUUCAGAAUUGGUAUCUGGGGGUUGAAGAGGUGGGAGAUUAUGAUGAUUCUGUUAAAAUUGGAAUAUUCAAUAGCUUUCUUCUCGUUCGUAAAAUUAACAGUCCGAAACCAUCAGGAGUAUGCGUAGUUUCACAGAACUGUCGGCAAUUUUCAUGUUCCAUGGAACUGCGCUUACUUCCGAGGGUUUCGGACUUCUUAUUUUUCGAACGAGAACAAACCUGAUAUGGCGGAUACAAUAUGGCGAACGGCUUUUGUAAUCAUGAUCCGAUUCUAUUAAAAAUUAUAAUCUGGGGAUUGUCGGGAUAGGAGACUAUGAUUUUUUAGUCAAAAUUGAGAACUUACGAAAAAUAUAAGAACACUAAAAAACACGGUUCUGUAGUAAGCCGAACCGAAGAAAGAAAACAAAUGGUAGUUUGGAAAACUGAAGAAACACUCUUUUAUAGAUAGCCAAACUGGAAAGAAGUAGAAAAUGAAAUAAUAUAAGUGUGUUGAUCGUGUAGUAGGCUACUUGGGGUAGAAUCACAAUUAUACACGUAGGCACAAUAAACACUUAUAUUCAACUUCUGUUAGGUACAACUUGUCUCUACAAUAUCUGAAUAAUUAUUGGCUAUCUAUAAAAGGGAGUUUCUCUAGUUUUUUAAACUACUAUUCAUUUCAUGAUCCCCUUUGGUGCAUUUUAACGCAGUGAGCGGUGGUUAAGCGAAUGUUUUGUUGUGAACUAAAGGUUUCUUGCAGUUAUCUAACGAUUUCAGUUAUAUUAUUAUGUAUUCACUAGCAAUAAUUAUAAUUAUUUCAGAUUAAUCGACACCCAAUCAAUCGGAAUUAAUUUUCAAGAUAUAAUUAUUUUUCGUAAAGAAGACAGUCAUUAGGAGUAAUUUUUUUUAUGGAGAUGCAGAUGAAUAUUUGUUGGUCAACUAUACCAGAAAAUAUGAAAUCACAUCUGCACAUCAUUUUCAGUCACAAAAUGAGUAGAGUACCAUAGCCUGUGUUAUUUGUUGUUGAAGUUGGAGUAGAUCUUGAUCAUGAACUUUCAAUUUCAAUAAUCAAAAACAGAACACUUUAUCUUCAACAAACUUGGAAUUUUCGUAAUCGAAUUUCACAAAACAAACGUUCUUGUCAUAACUUUGGGUCUUGGUAGAUAUUGAAAUUGAACUGCGGAAUCAGAAUGAAUAAUUGUGAAAAGUCCUGAGAUGAAGUUCUCAAAUCUCGACUGUUGUAAUUCAAUCGUCAUUCUAUAUUUCUCUGCUACAUACCAAUAACGAAUCGAUUUCAAAUUAUUUAAGUACCGUCCAUUACCAAGGCGUUUUGUUGAGUGUUUCGAAGACAUUUUAUUUUCCAAAAAUGAUGGUUUUGACACACUUUUAUGACGUCUAAUAUUCCCAGCCCGAACAACUCAACGAUUCAACAUUUAUUUGGCUGUGAUUAAGCUUUAGGUUUUUGUGAUAAUGCCAUGUAUUAUGUUUAAUUUUAAGGUUUAAGGUAGGUACUUAAAAGUUACCGAUACCUAAGCAAUAUGUAAGUACUACCGACUUGAACAUUACUCUAGUCAAACCAAAUAUAAUUAUUAUGGAUUGAUAAGAAUUAUUCCCAGUAUGAGAAAAUAAUAUAAACACGAUAGUGAAAGUAGUCAUGUUAAUUUUUGUGCCAAAUUAAAAGUACAUCAAGGCGUUCAGUUAGAAACAGUCCUAUAAAUAUGUGUUUCAGCGAACGCUCAGUACUUUAGAUGUAUGUUAUUGAAUAAUUAUUGUAGUAUUGUAGAUAUAUAUGGUAUGUGUGUUUACGACGAAUUUUUAAAUGUUUAACAUCGAAAAUCCUGCCUCAAUGAAUACAUACUUAAAUACAUACAGACAGAUAUUUUUCUAUAAAUAUACAAAAACCACGUCCAUGAACAAUUUAAUAUUAUUGUCGAUUAUUUUUCGGAACUUUGUUGCUCAAGGAAAUAACUGAAAUAAUUUCAAUUAUAGCCAUGAUGAUGUUAAACAUUUAUAAUUAUUUUAUUAUUGCCCAAGUAACUAUAAAUAUUUUCCUCGGGAUCAGAUCAAGAAAUGAGAAUAACGAACAAAAUAGUGUGAGAAAAUAAAUUGAUAUGGGAAAAAUGAUCCUAGAAAUUGAAUUUCUAAAAACUAAAUAUAAAGAGAACAAAAUAUUCGAGUCGUAGUUUUGCUUCAGUAAGUAUUAUACAGGGUGUUUCGAAAUCAGAAUCAAGGAAAUGAAAAAAACAUGAUAGAGUUUGAACCUGUACAAAUCAGAAAAUUAUGGUGAAACAAAAAAUGAAUUGAAGUGAAACUUCACUGCGUGUUUAAUUCUGUAGCAUGCCUCUACAUAUAUUGUAAUACUUAUUUUAUACCUAUUCAAAUGUGUGAUAAUUAAAUCUGAAUGCUUUCAGACAAAUAUUCAUCACGUAGAUUUAGUUUCUGAAUGUCAACGAUUUGUGCCUUCACCGAUUUCAUUUGAAAUUGAUUAUAUAGUCAUCAGUGUUGAAAGAUAUGUAUCGCUUUUUUGUAGAAAUCGAGUUGUUGUUCAUAAUGUGAGCUUUUCAUAAAUUCAGACACAUUCCAGUAGAAACGAGUUCAUAUACAAAUGAAAACAAUAAACCAAAAAUCAUUGUCACUACCGAAAAACUGAUUCUUUGUGUGGGUGAUUGUCGAUUCGACAAUUUGAGGACCCUGUACACGAUUUGUCCAUCACCAAUAAUAAUUAUUCAUCAUCGUUCUCGGGUUAUUAUUUAAUAUUGUCCCAAAGCAAUAUGCUAUUCCUUUUUCAUAAUGAAAGUAACGUUUUAAGUAUAGGAUGUUUCUCUAUUGUGUAUAGUAUUAAAGAUUCAUGUUCCUAAAUAAAAAUAAAUAUUUUUGUGUAUGUGAAAAUAAUCACCAAAAUAACUUAUUCAGGUGAGGAAAGAUUCAUGCAAAGAGAUUGGAAAUGGGUUAUUUCUAUAAACAAUAUUGCAGAAUAAGCUUUCAUGAACAAUAUACAGGGUGUUUAGAAAAAAACCUGACCCCCUUGCUAGGGUAGGUAGAACACUGCAAAAUAAGUUGGGUUUGUUGAGUGAAAAAAUGUCGUAACGGCAUCCGUUUUCAUGAUACAAGGUGUUGAAAAAAUGAUUUUUUUACACAUUUUUGACGAUUAUGUCGAAACUACUGGCAACAUUGUAAUGGAAUUUUGUAUGGAUGUUUCUUGAAAUCUGACACAUCGCUUCAAUUUAUUUUUAUAUGUCACCCUCAUAGAGGGCGCUAGUUACACGGUUCGUACCGAGUAGUUUAGAACAUAACUUUUUUGAGGUUAG